UAUUCCUGGGUAUCCAUAUUCAUAAUAAUAAAACUUCAAUUCAUAUUUAUAAAAUAAACAACAUUUUUCAAAUCAAAGAGUUAACUCAAAGUUUUUAUACAAUUUAGAUAAAACAUUAAUGAAAUAUUUCUAACAAUGCAAUAAUAAAUAAAAAUAUACAAUAUUAUUAUGCCAUACAAAAUUAAAAGAAGUGUGAAGUGAAUACAUACUUGUUGCAGAAGGCGCUGUCGUCCAAAUAACUCAAGGAUUUAAAAAAUCAUGGAUAUUGCUUGUGUAAUCGACACCCAGUUUGACGAUAAUUUAGAGGGUCGAAAUACUGCUCUAUUAGAAGUCAAACAAAUAUGUUCUGCAUUAAAUGUUAAUUUUCAAAGAGUUCCGUUUGAAAGACUUGAUUUUGGGGAAACCAACGUAUUAGAAACGUUUUAUAAUGCCGAUGUCGUUGUGGUCGAUUUAAGUAUCCAAGCUCAACAAAGUUCCUUGUUUUAUCAUUUGGGAGUUAGGGAAAGCUUUGGUAUGAAAGGCAAUAUUCUCACAUAUAAUGAUGUUCAAUCUAAACAGACGCUGUGCCUUAAAAUAUCAUGUGGAAAUUACAUUUUCGUGCCUUACAAACUUUGUGAACAAGGCUUUUGUUAUGUGACAACUUUCUAUAAAGAAACGGGAGAUUUUAAACAAUCAUCACUUUUGACUAAAUUACGGCGGAUUCUUGAAGAUGUUGAGAUCCAAUCAAAGGCACAUAUGAGAGAAAAGUUUUUAGGCGACCUAAGGGCUGUUCGAGAAGAAUAUGCGUCGAACACACCAAAGCUUACUGAAAUCUUACUUAAAAUGCGCAAACGACUCGAUGACCCUCACGUUUUAUCUGGCGAAGUUGUUCAUAGCUUUAUGUGUUCAUUGCGUGAUGUUCAAGACUACGACUCUAUGGUGCGAUUAGUCAACGAUUUAAAAAGUAUUCCUAAUACCCGCAAAUAUGUUGAGACAGGUAAUAUGAGUUUUCUUUACGCUUUUGCCCUCAACAGAAGAAACAAAAAAGGAGAUCGAGAAAAAGCAUUAGCAUCAUCUUUAAAAGCAUUAGAAAAAAAAGAAAACGAAUUCCCAGACAUGCUUUGUCUUUGUGGGAGAAUUUAUAAAGAUAUUUUUGUAGAAUCAAGUUACACUGACACAAAUAGUUUGAAAAAUGCAAUUAAAUGGUAUAGACAGAGUUUUGAAGUCCAGCCCAACGAGUAUGCGGGAAUUAAUUUAGCUACGCUUUUGGUAAUAGAUGGAAAAGAAUUUAGUAAUACCGAAGAAUUGCAGCAUAUAGCUAUGACAUUAAAUAAUUUAAUUGGAAAAAAAGGAAGCCUUUCAUCGUUGACAGAAUAUUGGGAUGUAGCUACAUUUUUUGAAAUCUCUGUAUUAGCUGAGGAUUAUACAAAAGCGAUUCAAGCAGCAGAGUGUAUGUUCAAAUUGAAACCGCCAAACUGGUAUCUGAAGUCAACCAUUGGAAAUAUUGCUUUGAUUCAUCGUUUUCGAAAAAAGAAUGACGAUCAUACUUGUGAUAUUAAGGAACAAGUUUUCCAGUUUUGGAUAGAUUUUUUCUUAGAAGCCACUAGCUCUGAAGCACCAAAUAAUGUCCGGUUCCCAAUUUUGAUAUUCGAGCCUCAAAAAAUAAAUAUGCCAAGUUAUAUAACAAUUAACAUGGGUGCAGAUGAAAAAUCAAUACAAAUCGUCAAUCUCUGUUUAAGACACCAAACUAAUGCUUGCAAAAAAAUACAUGACUUUGUGUUUACUGCCAGUCAAAUUAAAUCUGUAAGCUUAUAUAAACGCGAUGAUAGAUGUGCAUAUUUAUAUGUUCAUCAUAAUUCGGAUGAUUUUCAAAUAUAUUUUCCUACAACUGAUUGCCGACAAAAAUUCUAUGAACUUGUAUUAGAAAUGGCUUCGGAUCAAGAAGUUUUUGUGAAUCUCUCUGUGAAUGAAACACAAAUUGAGUAUGAAUAUGACCUUGAUGAUAAAAACAGAAGAAUUAUAUUGGGCAAGGGAACAUAUGGAGUUGUUUAUGCUGCACGAGAUCUUCAAACACAAGUGCGAAUAGCCAUUAAAGAAGUACCGGAAAAAAAUUCUCAAGACGUACAACCAUUACAUGAAGAAAUUAAAUUGCAUUCUCAAUUGCGUCACAGAAAUAUUGUUCAGUAUUUAGGUUCUCUAUCAGAAGAUGGAUAUUUUAAAAUAUUUAUGGAACAAGUUCCAGGGGGAUCCCUUUCAGAUCUCCUUCGAGAAAAAUGGGGCCCUCUUAAGGAUAGUGAAUCUACGAUGGCAUUUUAUUCAAAGCAAAUUCUUGAAGGUCUUCGAUAUUUACAUGAACAAAAAAUUGUCCAUAGAGAUAUAAAAGGUGAUAAUGUCCUUGUCAAUACUUACAGUGGAGUUGUGAAGAUAUCGGAUUUUGGAACAUCGAAAAGACUUGCUGGAUUAAAUCCAGUAGUCGAAACUUUUACGGGAACUUUGCAAUAUAUGGCUCCAGAAGUAAUAGAUCAAGGGUUGCGAGGCUAUGGACCUGCAGCUGAUAUUUGGUCUUUUGGUUGUACUAAUGUAGAAAUGGCAACAGGAAAGCCACCAUUUAUUGAACUUGGUUCAGCUGAAGCAGCCUUGUUCAAAGUUGGUUUCUAUAAAAAACACCCGACUAUACCUGAAGAGCUUUCACCUAUUGCACGGAAAUUUAUUCUUCGCUGCUUUGAAAUCAAUGUCCUAGAUCGUCCGACAGCUAUGAACUUAUUGGAUGACCCCUUUAUAUCUGACAAACAUCCAAAACUCCGAGUUGGUGGAAGCAGUAUUAAUGAGUUUAGUAGAAGUAUAUCUGUACCAGCAGAAAGGUCAACAAAUAAAGCGAAUACAAUAAUCAAACAUCAUUCGAACAGCAACUGUAAUACACCUACAACACCUGAGCUUGAUUACAUUAAUACUAGCAUCAUAAGCGAAGAGCAACCUUUCAAGACAGAAGACAGAAGAAACUCUGCAGGAUUUCUUUUAUCACCUGAAAUUGAAUUAAGUUCUACCUCAUCCAAAAGUACAUUUUGUGAAUCGAAUGAAAUCGACGGUUUCUACAUGCUAAAAAAGGAUUCUCAAAGAAGAAAAACACUCUUUAAAGUCCUGGAAAAUGAUGAAAUCCAAAUUUGUGACUCUUGGAUAAGUAAACUAGAAACGGACAACAAAAACAAGCUUGCCAUACAAAAAACAGAUCUAUGUGCUAUGAUACGGGGUCUAAGACAAUAUAUAGUCGAUGAAAAUAAAGAGAAUCUAGAAAAAUCAAUAAGUGAACUUAAGGCAACUUUAGAUUUCGACACAACAGCUAUUGAUCACUUGCAUCUGGCGCUUUACUCAUUUCAAGAAGCAGUAAUAAGUGUUUUAAGAAUGCAUUGCAUUAAACCACAUUGGAUGUUUGCUUUAGAUAAUUUAGUCAAAAGAGCCGUUCAAGCUGGUAUAAUGAUUCUCUCUCCAGAACUUGGAGCUAAUUUAGCAGGGCAAGAAAACAUGCCAAUCUAUGAUGAUGACUAUAAACCUAAUGAAAAAACGGAAAAAUGCUUUAAUGAUUCCAUAGAUGGAAGAAGUAGAGGCGAAAUCUCAAAUUCAAAUCGUGAAUUUAAUCAAGUUGUGGAAAGAUUAAUUGAAUCACAACAAACUAUACAAUCUGUUUUUAAAGUUUUUGUCGAACAACAAAAGGAAAAAAUUGAAGUCCUUAAAAAAGUUAAUGAUGGAUUAGAACGCUUAUACGAUAUAUGUGAUGAUUCAAGAGUUUCUUUGGGUGCCAAAACGGUGAGAUGUAUUAAGACGCACAAGAGGAAUAGAAGUAAAAUUUUGUUUAGAAACAAAAUACAAAAAAGGGAACGACAAGUGGACCGCCAACUAAAGGACUGGUUGGAAAAGAAUAAAAUUGACAAGGAAACAUCAUCUAUUAUAUUAUCAGAAGAGUUUACUUAUAACGACUUCAUAUACCACACCACAAAGUCAGAUGUUUUGAGGCUAGGCUUAAGAAUUGGAAUUGAAGUACGCUUGUGGAAUCUAAUAACAUCAGAAAGAGAUAAAGUUAAACAAAUUGCUGCAGGCCCAGAAAUAUGUUUGCAUCCCGAUGAAGUAGAUUGUGUGUACGAAUCGUGUGAUGAAUAUUAAUAAUCAUAAAUUAUACAUAUAUAGUUAAGGUUCGUAUUUUAACUUAAUUUAAGUUAUAUUCAACAAUGAAAAAAUCAUUAGAAUCGUCAGAACAGAAAACAACAACUAACACAUUACACAGCUCUCACAAAUGUGUUCUAAACAUAACAUGAUAGCUUUUUUUGUUAUUUUUUGAACAAAUAUUUUGUAAAAAGAAAGAAAGAAAUAAAAAAAAUUAUUUAAAGGAA